CGCCUAAUCAACAACGACGGUUCAAGCGAUACGAUUCUCGAUUCAUUAUUCUACGCCAGCCUCUUUGGUUUAUUGUCGCGUGCCCAAUCAGGUAUACCUGGGAUUGGGGAUCUCAUCACACAACAUGAAUCCGCACAUCUCCCUCCCCCGCCAACAUGCCUCAUCCACCUUUGGCGUCUCAGCGCCAGCAAGCCGAGGGUCCAGUAUACGGAUGCCGCGUUUCUUCAAGAGGCUGUUCAAGUUUCCCCAGAUGGACUUUGAGAUGGCCAUUUGGGAGAUGACAUCGUUAUUGAUUGCGCCCAAGAAGGUGUUUAAGUCUAUCUACUACCAUAAACAAACGAAAAACACAUGGCAUCGACCAGAUCCAUCAUUUACCCACCUUCUCUCCUUCUUCCUCCUGCUCACAGCACUCGCAUGGGGUCUCGCAUAUACCCCUUCCUUCGGGUCUAUCUUUCGCCUGUCCUUUUUCUUCAUAUUCUUCCACUUUAUCGGGUCAUCACUGUUUAUAUCCACCGUCGCCUACUUUGCCAUCGGCCGAUUGUUUGGACCUGAUGGUGCGGCCGCCUCCCUGACUGGAUUCAGAGGAUCGCGUGGCCGGAGACGAGGCGCCGCACAGGGCCUCUUUACGCAGCCAGGCGAGAAGGAUCAAUUGGAGUUCGGAUACUGUUUUGAUGUCUCCAGCCGUGCAUUCUUCCCACUGUACCUCCACCUUUACGUCGUCCAAUUCCUCCUCCUGCCCCUCCUCACCCGCAGCGGCAACUUUCUCGCUGCGUUUCUUGGGAAUACGCUCUAUUUGUCGGCCUUCACCUACUACACCUAUAUUACUUUCUUAGGGUACAAUGCCCUACCCUUCCUGCAUAACACGGAAUUGCUCCUUCUUCCGAUUCUGGUCUUUGCAGUUCUGUGGCUGGUUAGCUUGAUCACCGGCUGGGGAGUGGUCCUGCAAGGGCACAGUGUGGAAGGUCUGUUCUGGGGUGUUUAGUUGUUUUUUUCUAUUAAGUGUUGAUACAUAUUCCAUGGUUCGGUAGGCGCCGGUGUACACGGGAAAUUGGCUAUUUUGUUUUUGCUUAUACUGAUUUGUCUCGACCACAUCGACAUGGCAUCAAAUUUAUCAUAGCAUUCUUAUAUAGAGAUCUCUUAUAUCCAAAUAAUGUCAUAGCGUUCAUGAGCCUCGCUUGAACCAGUAGGUGCGACAAGGGAAAUUCUGAAACAAUUCAUAGCAUUAAAAAUCGGAUUAUUUCUUCUUACCUCCGCCCUUCUUAUUGGUAGUCUUCUUGGACAGAAGCGCCUCGCGCGC